ACAGUGAACUCUUUAUAUAGUCGCAAUGUCUGGCACAAAUCAACCCAGUGGUUUCACAUUUGGUGGCGGUACCGGUCAGGCUACUGGCUUUUCGUUCGGCCAGCCGGCAGCGGCUGCACCACUGGCACUGCCACCAGCACAAGACGCUACAUCAUUGUCAUCAACGAGCAAUCCUGGUUUUACGUUUGGCGCCAGUGCCGCAGCAAGCACACCUGCUACUGGAUUCUCCUUCUCAACCCCACAGAUAGGUGGCAGCACAGCACCAGGAGGAAUGCUGGGUCAGACUGUGGCACCGACACCAGCAGCAACCACCGGCUUCAGUUUCGGGACCCCGGCUGCCGGCGCUGCUGCACCGGCGCCAUCUAGCAUCUUCUCGUUCAGACAGGCGGCCAGCGGUGCUGCCCCCGCGACCGGAUUCAGUUUUUCUACGCCAUCUGGUGGGGGAUUGCUAGGAGCAAGGCCUGCUAAUGCUGUUGCAACACCAGCUGCCGCAGCUGUUGCGCCAUCAAGUGGAUUUCAGAUGGGUUCCACUGCCACACCUACUGCAGGUGGAUUUGCACUAGGGGGCGCCACUACUGCUAUGCCUACUGCAGGUGGUUUAGCAAUAGGGGGCGCCACUACUGCUAUGCCUACUGCAGGUGGUUUUGCGCUAGGGGGCGCUACUACUGCUACGCCUACUGCAGGUGGUUUUGCACUAGGGGGCGCCACUACUGCUAUGCCUACUGCAGGUGGUUUAGCACUAGGGGGCGCCACUACUGCUACACCUAGUGCGGGCGGAUUUUCGCUGGCUGCCGCCGCUUCGAAUCCGCCUGCGUCCGUACACCCUACGACCUUCAGUUUUGGGGCGACGCCCACAGCCGGCCCCAUCUCUACAGCAGCAGCAGCAGCAGCUGGUGGCGGGUUCGGUUUGGGUGGACAAACCACCGUGCCAGCUAGCAGUGCAGCUUUCGGUCUCGGGGGCGGCGGCGGAGGAGUCACCGCUGCGAGCGGUGCCGCCUCCGCGCCCUUCGGCUACAACGCCGUUGCCGUGACGACGCCGAAGCUGUCCGGUGGCUUCAUGAUGCCGAGCGCCGCCGCCGCGGUCGCCACCGUCACGCCAUCUGCGCCCGCCGCGUUGACACUAGGGGGCAGCACCGCGGGCGGUCUCGUGACAGGAGCCGUGGCGACGGUGGCGCCGUCUGCUGCCGCGAUCGGGCAGGCUGGGGUUGCGGCAGCGGCGGCGCCCCCUGGCGGGUUGAUGAUCGGGAUGAGGAAGGCACCUGCGACAACGGCUGCGCCCCCUGGAUUCUCCUACGCAGGCGCGGCGACGACCAGCACUGCUGCCGCGCUGCCUCUCAGCAUCUCGACCGGUGCUGCCACCACGACCGCGCCGGGCGGAUUCUCGCUGACAAGUGGCACCGCUGCCACCGCCAACACUUCGCUGGUGACGUCGACGACGACGACGGCCGCGACGGUGGCGCCCUCCAUGAACUACCGACAGCUCGAAGAGGCGAUAAACAAGUGGACGUUGGAACUGGAGGAUCAGGAGAAGGUGUUCAUCAACCAGGCGACGCAGGUCAACGCGUGGGAUCGACUGCUCAUUGAAAACGGAGAGAAGAUCACGGCUCUGAAUUCUGACGUGGAGCGUGUGAAGCUUGACCAGCAACGGCUCGACCACGAACUCGACUUCAUCGUGGCCGAGCAGAAGGAGCUGGAGGACAUGCUCGUCAACCUGGAGAAGGCGGUCGAGGAGCGGCCGUCGGUCGCCUACCCGCAGCACGCCGACCUCGAGCGCGAGCACACUUACCAGCUGGCGGAGAACACGGACGGUCAGCUGAAGCGGAUGGUCAGCGAUCUGAAGGAGAUCAUUGACCACCUGAACUCGAGCAACGACAACCAGGACACGGACAGCCCCAUGAGUCAGGUGACGAAGAUUCUGAACGCGCACAUGGACUCGCUACAGUGGGUGGAUGAGAACACGGGUAAGUGCUGCUCUAGGUUCCACGUGCACACUCGCUGA